UUUUAGGCGGAACAAGACACCACCAACCAAAGGAAGUUUGGGUUUUAAAGAAGCAAUAUUUUAGUUUUUAACGGCCACAUAACACCAUACGGUUCGGACAGAAACGAGAUUUAAGCACACUAUGUCGUCGGAAGAGUUCGAGAAAUUGCACGAAAUGUUCGGUGGUUUGUAUGACGAGCUGAAGCUGAUACCGGGAAAAGCGCUCAGCUGUCACGGAGAGGACAGAAAAAAGCUGGUGAGGACAUUUGAUGAGCGACAUGGCGAGGCAGAGGAAGUGUUACAAGGCAUGGAGGAUGAGCUGCGGUUCGCGCCUGCGUCAUACAGAAGCGCCAUGAGCACCAAGGUGCGUCUGUAUCGCAGAGAUCUCAGCAAAUUGCAUCGAGAAAUGAAAAACUUGGCCCCAGUUUCUGCCUCUUUCUCCCACCGACCAAUGGAAGGAAGCCAUCAUGGCAUCUAUGCAGCAGAAAACCAACAAAGUACGCACUUACAGUCGCAGAGAGCUCUGCUACUCCAGGGCACAGACUCCUUGAACAGCGCCAGCGAGAGUAUCGCACGAAGUCAGCGCAUCGCAGUGGAGACCGAGCAAAUUGGUACCGAUAUCAUUGAGGAGCUGGGAGGACAGAGGGAGCAGCUGGACCGCGCCAGGAACAGAUUGGUGAACACUGGAGAGAACCUCAGCCGGAGUCGUAAAAUCCUGCGCGCUAUGUCAAGAAGGCUCAUGACGAACAAGCUGCUGCUGGCCAUCAUCAUCAUAAUGGAGUUGGCUAUUCUGGGCGCCGUGGUUUACCUCAAAUUCUUCUGGAAAAAAUAAACAGCUGGAUCUGACACCCCCCCGACCCUCAUCUAUCGAACUUUUGAGCUCUGAUGCUCCUCAGCUUUGAAGGUACAAGUGAAGGAGAGAACUCUGCCGCACAAGUCCGUGGACGACGACGAGGACGUGGCAUGUUUUCGAACGUCUGUGCAAACAUCAGAGUCUGUCAGCACAUUAUAAUUCAUACUCAUGUGAUCAUUUUUGUAUUGGGCGCGUCCCUGUCGGGGCGGGCAGUGAAUGUAAACUGAGGCAAUAGUUUGAUCACCUGUGAAGGGAGACACGCUCCAGGUGACAGAUGGACAGAAGCCAAACAGGCCAAAGAUAAAACCAAAACAUCGGUCAAUGGUCAAAUUACGUCUGCCGCUUUGGAAUCCAGUGUCAAAUAAACACUGAUAAGGUUUGUUUUUCACACUGCCUUUUUUUCCCCGCUUCCCGGUGUCGGGCCAAGGACAUGAAGCGUAUCUGUUAUUGAUAAAGACAGGUGAUAUUGGCCAAGUAUUUCUUCAUUGGUUGUUGGAGCCUCCUUGUUUCCCAUUUAGAGUGUGAAGCGCUUUCAAUAGAGGGAUGGUGUGGCUUGCUGCAGAGGCUGAGUGAAUGCUAAGAGGGAGAGCUGGGCACUUUGCUGCCUGACUGACCAAAAGGAGCUUUUCUUUUGGGUGAUUUUACUGAUGAGUGUCAGAUUUAUACGUCCUGAGAGUCACUGAGACAAAGCUUGUUGACUCAGCCCCCAGUAAUGAAGGGCCUGUUUCAGAGCUGUGGUACCCAAAGGAAACCCCAAAACCCAGCUGUCUUUUAAUUCCACCUUUGUUUCCCACUCAUUUGUAACUCUUUUCUACACACAGUGAUGGA